AUGACCUCCCUUAAACAAUUCAUCCGCAAUGUGCGGGCCUCCAAGACCAUUGCAGACGAGCGUGCUGUCGUCCAAAAAGAAAGUGCCGCAAUCAGGGCUAGCUUUCGAGAAGAGAGCGGGGACCACAAUAUUAGAAGGAACAAUGUCGCAAAGCUGCUAUAUCUUUUCACGCUGGGAGAACGCACACAUUUCGGCCAGAUAGAGUGCCUCAAACUCCUGGCCUCUCCAAGGUUUGCGGACAAACGACUGGGCUAUCUGGGGACAAUGCUGCUGCUCGACGAGAACCAAGAAGUCCUCACGUUGGUCACGAACUCAUUGAAGAACGAUCUUAAUCAUUCGAAUCAAUAUGUCGUUGGACUGGCCCUCUGCACCUUAGGCAACAUUGCCUCAGUUGAAAUGUCCAGAGACUUGUUUCCCGAAGUCGAGACGCUGGUGUCCACCGCCAACCCCUACAUACGUCGAAAGGCUGCGCUCUGCGCCAUGCGAAUAUGCCGAAAAGUCCCAGAUCUGCAAGAACAUUUCCUUGAAAAAGCCAAACUAUUGUUACAGGAUAGAAAUCAUGGAGUCCUCCUUUGCGGAUUGACUCUGAUAACGAGUAUGUGCGAGGCAGAUGAGGCAGAAGGUGGUGAAGAAGGCGUGGUGGAAAUGUUCCGGCCUGUUGUACCACACUUGGUCCGCACCUUGAAAAGUCUGACGAGCUCGGGAUACACUCCUGAACAUGAUGUUUCCGGGAUCACAGAUCCUUUCCUGCAAGUGAAGAUCCUUCGGCUUUUCCGAGUUCUGGGGCGCGGAGACGCUGCGACCAGCGAGCAGAUCAACGACAUUCUGGCACAGGUCGCCACCAAUACCGAAUCCACCAAGAAUGUUGGCAACGCCAUAUUGUACGAGGCGGUUCUCACUAUUCUAGAUAUCGAAGCCGACUCGGGUCUGAGGGUGCUGGGCGUCAACAUCCUAGGGAAGUUCUUGGCCAACAAGGACAACAACAUUCGAUAUGUCGCACUCAACACAUUGAUCAAGGUGGUCGCCAUUGAGCCCAAUGCGGUUCAAAGGCAUCGAAAUACCAUCCUAGAAUGCUUGAGAGACCCAGAUAUCUCCAUCCGCCGCCGGGCGCUGGAUCUCAGCUUCACCCUGAUCCGAGAAGACAAUGUACGCGUACUCAUACGAGAAUUGUUGGCUUUUCUGGAAGUCGCUGAUACCGAGUUCAAACCCGUGAUGACGACGCAAAUUGGCAUCGCCGCAGAUCGAUUCGCCCCUAACAAACGCUGGCACAUCGAUACUAUGCUGAGGAUUGUCAAGCUAGCAGGAAACUUUGUCAAAGAGCAGAUUCUGUCGUCCUUCAUUCGCCUCAUCGCCACCUCGGCGGAUCAGCAAACUUAUGCAGUCCAGAAGUUAUACGCGGCCCUGAAGUCUGACAUCACACAGGAGGCCCUGACUCUGGCUGCAGUCUGGGUCAUUGGCGAAUAUGGUGAUGCUCUCCUUCGCGGUGGAUCGUAUGAGGAAGAAGAGCUGGUGAAGGAAGUCAAAGAAAGCGACGUUGUCGACUUGUUCACGACAAUCCUCAACUCGACAUAUGCAAAUCAAGUGGUAACCGAAUACAUCAUCACUUCUGCCAUGAAGUUGACUACGAGGAUGUCUGAUCAGUCCCAAAUUGAACGAAUAAGGCGGUUAAUGAAUUCCAGAACGGCUGACCUUAGCAUUGAGAUCCAGCAGAGGGCCGUUGAAUAUAGCAACAUGUUCGGUUACGACUCCAUUCGAAGAGGUGUGUUGGAGAAAAUGCCGCCACCGGAGAUCAAGGAAGAGCAACGGGUGCUCGGCCAGUCAACCACACCUGCAAAGGACAAGCGAAAGACUCUGAAAGCGAAAACGAAUGUGAAAGUUGCGAAGACUACGGAAUCCGACAUGCUUCUUGAUCUUAUGGGCGGAUCCGAUGUGCCUGCUGUUGACACCAGCGCUACGCUGAACGGCCAACAGCAGACAGCAGACCUGCUGGCAGAUAUUCUCGGAGGUGGGAGCUCAGUUUCAAGUCCUCCACCACAAACGAAAAGCCCUGCACCACCUUCCAACGCGGAUGCCAUCAUGGACCUGUUCGGCAACGGAACUACGAAACCCGCCAGCCCUGCACCUGCUGGACCACAAGCACAUCCUGUAUACAACAAGAAUGGUUUGUCUGUUGCGAUCCAAGUCUCCAGAAGUGGUUCUGCGAUACAAGCCAUUGCAAGAUUCAAGAACACCUCCGCGUUUGAGCAGAUGUCGAAUGUCGGCUUGCAAGCUGCAGUUCCAAAGAGUCAGAAGUUGACCUUACAAGCCAUAAACAAAAGCAUAUUGGGAGUCGGCGACGAGGCUACCCAAGGCAUGAAGGUUGUUGCAGCGACGGGAGCCCUCCCCACAAAACUCCGCCUGCGGUUGAAAAUCUCGUACACCAAAGAUGGGGGUUCACCGGUGACCGAACAAGUCGACUGGACGGAGCCGUAA